AUGGCUCCCUAUGAAGCUUUAUAUGGUAGAAAAUGUAGAACUCCAUUAAGCUGGUUUGAAGUGAGAGAAAGACAAAUAUUGGGCUCACAGUUAGUAGAUCAAGCUACUGAAAAGGUCAGAAUGAUCAGAGACAGAUUAAAAGCAGCUCAAGACCGCCAACAGAAAUAUUAUGAUCCCAAGCAUAAGAUGAUAGAGUUUGAAGUGGGAGAGUUUGUGUUUUUGAAAGUGAGACCAAUGAAGGGUGUGACUAGAUUUGGCCAAAGUGGAAAGCUUAGUCCAAGAUACAUUGGACCAUUUGAAAUAAUUGAAAAAGUGGGACCAGUUGCUUAUAAACUAGCAUUACCUACAGACAUGUCUGAUGUUCAUAAUGUUUUCCAUAUUGCAAUGCUCAGAAAGUGUGUUACAGAUGAAAGUCAGAAGGUUUCUCAUAAUGAAAUUGAACUUCAAAAGAAUUUGACCUAUUUAGAAGAACCUGAAAUGAUAUUGGAUAAGGAUGUGCGCAAAUUAAGAAACAGAAUCAUUCCUUAUGUAAAAAUUAAGUGGAAGCAUAGAUCAGUGAAGGAUUCUACUUGGGAAAAUGAGGUAGAUAUGAGACAGAAAUUUCCUCAGAUUUUUGAUAAUGUAUGA